ACACUGCAAAAAGAGAAAAGGAGGGAGGAAGGAUGGAAGGUAGGAUGCGCUGGGCGUCGUAGCUUACACCUAUAAUCCCAACUGUUCUGGAGAACCACAAGGUCAAGCCUCCAGUCUGACAGUUUAGCGACUUAGCAAGAUCCUUUCUCAAAAUUUAAAAUAUACCUAAAAAAGUCUGGAGAUGUGAAGGCCCUGGCUGAUUUGAUCCCCAGUGCCACACAGAAACAAAAAGUAGAGUGAAUAUAACCUAGAGAAUAACAACUGUUUUGUGUGGAAUUUAUUAUCUCUAACUUAAUAAAACACCAGGAAUCUCAAUACAACACUGCCAAAUGACAAACAGUGAGCCUCAAAUGUUUGUUUAGCUGUAUGUCUAUAUACUUAGCUAUACCAAGGAAGCUGCAGAGGUGAGGAAACUGGCCAUUUUAACAGAUGUGACUUCAUUGCAGAACUUGCCCUUUGAAAAGGAAGAAAUUCUGCACAACAUUCACAUGCAUGAUAUUUGGGAGCAGUGUUGACUGGGGUGCAGAAAAAUGGGGCAAAAAGCAUCACAACAGGUGGCUCUAGAGAACAACAAAGAGACUUGGUGUGAGGUGGCCAGUGAAGCUAUAGUUCAUUCAGCUGAAAAACAGAAGGAGUAUCUUGGAUUGGAGUAUCCUCUGAGUAAACUCUGCCCAGCUGCACAUACUCUAAAUGAGAUCUUCCUAAUCCACUUCAUCACUUUCUGUCAAGAAAAAGGAGUUGAUGAGUGGCUUACUACCACAAAGAUGACCAAGCACCAAACCUUGCUGUUUGGGGCAGACUGGAUUUGGACCUUUUGGGGAUCCAAUAAGCAAAUAAGGCUUCAGGUUGUAGUACAGACUCUACAAAUGACUUCUCUUCCUCUAGUACAACCAAAGCCUUGUGACGUUUUCAAUCCACAGUCAAGGCCAGAGGAAUCUUCCUGGAAGGAAAGUAGGUUUGAUAAGUUGGAAACAUUCUGUAACUUGAUAGGAGAAGAUUGUCUGGGCCUUUUUAUCUUUGGUGUGCCAGGAAAACCUAAAGAUGUCAGAGGAGUCAUCCUAGACAGCGUCAAAAGUGAGAUGCUGAGGAGCCAUCUGCCAGGACUGAAAGCUGUGGAACAAUUUGUUCUGGACACCGAGUGUGUCUCCAUCAGAGAGCUUCUUGGAAACUAUCUGAGUAAGAAAGAUGGGCCAAGAGAGGUGGGCAAGGUUUAUAUUAGCAUCCUCUGAACUGGAUAUGUGUGAGGUGACUGGCCUGUAAGAUAAAAAGCUUUUUUAUUUUCAUGAACAAGAUCAUCUACUUACAUCAUUGACUGAAAAUGAUUACUUGAAUCAAAGCAUGUUAGUGUCACAAUUAUGGAAACAAAAAACCAAAAACUGGCCAUGUUUCAGAAACACUUAUGAUUUAAUUUGACCUCUAUUCAUUAUUCAAUAAUAAAAACUGGGAGAGAGGAUAAUAAAGUCAUGCAAAAAGUUUGAUUUGCACAACAAAGUAUCUUUUAAAUAGUAAAUAUAGCACUAAAAAGUGUAAAAGUUUUUUAUCACUGUUGGUGGGAGUUGGGGAAGGAGGACUGGGAAAGACUACAGAACAGUUUGUAAUGCCAGUUUCACUUCAGAAUUUGUGCGCCAAAGUUCACAUGGCUCUUGUUCUCUAAGCCUUACACUCCUGCCCCCUUCUAGCAGCUCUUCACGGAAAGGACUUUGGUGGGGUUUACUUUGGGAUUUAAUUUAGUGUUUACUCACCAUUUAAAAACAGCCACCCAUAAAACAGUUACUUGUUAUAAUAAUGUUUGUUAGUAUUCACAGUAAGGAAUGUGUAUUCGCAGAGAAUAGCCAUUUUUGCUUCAAAGCCUAUGUGAGAUUUAACAGUACCAGGAAAAAUCACCAUUAUUGAAUUCAUUAGGCAGCCCAGAUUCUUUACAUAUGUUAUUGCACAUGUAUCCUCUGACUUUAACAGGCAUUUGUUUCUAUUUGACAAAUUAAAGAGGUUAAAU